AUGUCUCCGAAGGCAGACACGGAUGGCUCCAAGUCCCAGCCAUCCGGCCCGGCUCUACAAGCGUGCUACGCAAGAAAAGAACUUGCUGCGCUAGGACGCGACCCAAGACGAUCCGCCGUCGUAGAAGGCCACUGCCCUUGGGACAACGGCCUGGAGCUACAGGCCGACUCAUUCCCUGCUACGCCACAACCACCUGAGAAACUUUUGCCGGUGACUUAUGACACCUCUGAUCAUACCGACAAUAUCAUUCAACAAGAGCUCGACUCCCGAGCCAACAUUACAGCCGACCGCGCUUGGGUGCUCCAAUCUGCCAUCUCCCUUGUGGCAAAUUUCGUCGCUUCAGCACAGCAGCCAGACGUGGCGGGGGCUGCCUCCGUGGUCGAUGGGUCCCUCGUCACGCCUGAUGAGAUCCCUUCAGAGGUGUUCUACAUCCUGUUCCUGGGUCAAUCCGGCCGCUCAAAGUCUCCGCAUCAUUGGCCCGACCACAUAUCCACGAAAACCUUGGAGAGGAUGUGCAGGACACUUUCCAGCGGCAUCGUCAGCGGCCAAACUUCCGUUCAAAAUAAAAUAUGCGUGUUGUACAAGGCAACAACGUACAGUAGUAGCUGGUUGCGUUUCUGCGAGCCCGGCUUCCUAUGCGACACGCUUCAGGCAUCCCACAGAAGCUACGCCGCGAUGUGCGAAAAGCUUCUUAAAGAAAUUGAUCUUGUCAGCCAUCCUAGCCUUGGGACACUCCAGGCCCUUCUUUCUGGGACCCUGAGCAUGCUCGUCGUGCGCCCUUCCUCCUUACCCCAUCUGGGGUGGAACGCGAUAGACUUGGUUCCCACGGACCCGAAUAAUCCUCUGAGUCUCAAAGCUAGGAUUUCGGUUAGGCUUGCUCGUGUUCAGGAUGCCUGCCUUCCGCUCCUUAUGCCACAGAUGAGGAUGGACGCAAACCGCGUGUCGCAGACGGUCGCAUCUCUCGAGGCAGACUUACAAAAUAUCCACCAAAGCAUCAUGGAACUGAGAGAUGAAUGGACCAAGACGCCCGAUCUUGCCCUAGAAUGGGAUACCACAGACUUUACAUACUACGCCGUACUCACAACCGUCCUCCGACUCGACAAAACCUCGCUUCAUGACCAGAAUAAACGCGAUAAAUGCCUCGAGUACGCGAGAGAAGCUCUCUUGGCUAUGCAACGAUUCCAGGUGAACAGCCACCUGCGACCCAAUGCUACCACAGACUUUUUUUCCUGGACGGUGCUCUCAUACCCUCUCACCCCCUUCUUCGCCCUCUUCUGUAACGUCGUGGCAACAUCCAAUCUCCAAGACCUUGAACUACUUGCCAAGGCCACAAUGAUCCUAUCCCAGAUCAAGGAACAGUGCACCCUAAGCAUGAACCUCUUCCGGCUCUUCACGCACUUCAUCGACCUCUGCACACACCUGGACGACAUCAAGUCCUCCUGGCCGCGGAUGCAGAGCGGUCUCCGAUGGCCCACGCACGGAUCGGAUCCGUUGCAAUCUUCGCAGCGGCCAUCGACGGCUCAGACUAUGCCCGGCUUACAAUUAGACGAUGACCAAAUCGUCGAGGAACAACGAGUGCCUUGUUUCCCUACUGAGCAACCGAUCUCGCGGGUAGAUCACCAAGACAAUCGACAAUCGAACGCGCAAAGUGGUGGUCCGAGUGGGGAAGUAGCUUGGCGCGAUGGUCUCGUAUGGGAGCUGUUCAAUCUCCAGCCCUCAAUCGAGUCGUUCGACCUGUCCUCGUUCGACUGGAACUUCGACGCUAUAUAG